UUUUUUUGUUUGUUGUUUCUUAGCAUCUUUUUCAGACAAUACCAUCUCUUCUUCUGUUAUUGCUUCACCUUCCCCUUGCAGUUCAGCUCAGUUCCUUUUUUCUUUACAUCAACUUACAUAUUCCAGUUAAUAUCCAAGUGGCCGCACAGUCUGUCUACAGACUCUCUGCUGUCUGCUCUACGAGCAAACAUGAGACUUUUCAUCACGAUUUUCAUUUGCUUUCAAGUUGCAGGAAUUGCAGUCUCUUCCGAUAAGUCCUGUGUUUAUCAGGUGAAAACUCGUAUUGUACAAUCUGGAGGAUCUGUUAUUAUACCGUGUUCAUACAAUGACCACCAGGAACUGGGAGAGGAGGAACAUAUAAGCAUCCACUGGUUAGAGGGAAAGGAAACAACAUGUCUACAUAACACAGAUGUGAUCCCUUCUGGAAACGUUGCAGAGCAAUAUGAAGAGCGUCGUUUCACAUGGAAGGAUCCUAAUAGGAGCAGAACACAUUAUAUGGAGAUCACAGGACUGAAACCAACAGAUGGUCCGUUAUUCUGCUGCCAAAUAUUUAACAAACAAAAUCCACAAACAUUUUGGAAGAAUCAGUACGGGACUCUUCUGCAAUUCUCAGAUCAGAAAACUGCCACUCAGUUGGAAGAAUUGAUUGCUGUGUCAGGUGAAGACAUCAGAAUCCCCUGUCACUACCCCAAGGAAAUCAUAGAUUCUGGGGGGGAAGUCACCUGGUAUCGUGUAGAGAGUGAUUUGAACAUUUGUGACAUUAAUGGAAAAAAAGUUGAUACAUCAAACAAUACACAUCAAGAUAACCGACACUCACUGGUCAAUUACCGUCAAGCUAUCUCACUGCGCAUACGGAAAACCAACAAUCAGGAUCGGGGAGGUUAUUGCUGUUACGUUACUACUACAAGGGGAAUUUUAAGCAAACAAAUCACAACACUUGUUGUUGCAGAGCAACAAUUAUUCAAUUCUAAGAAUUCUCAUAAGAUCAUAGUCCGAAAAGGAGGAUCUGUAAAUCUGACUUGUUCCUACACCCAAGACAGCAGUCACAAAGAGAGAGAUAUCGUGCGGGUCAAUGUAUACUGGAGAGCGGGGAAUGUAACCGGACCGUACGCCUACCACCCCUACCAGGAAAUGGUUCAUUCCAAGUAUAAACAGAGAACAAGCAUAAUGGGGACAGCAAACCUCCAUAUAAAAGGUGUGAAGACUGAGGACAACACAACAUUUCACUGCUUUGUGGUGUUCAAAGUGUGUAAAGGUGACAACCAAUAUGAGGAUUCAAUUGUGUACGGAGGAGAGACCAGACUAAGUGUUGAAGACUCUACUGAAAUGACCUGGAAAGAAUUGCCAAUUUCCAUAAUCAGUAUUAUCAUUACUUCUGUGAUUAUCAUGAUUAUCAUCAUCCUGAUCUUACUAGUUUUGAAAGUAAAAGGUCUUCUCUGCAAAAAGAAAGGAAAUAGAACUGAACAUCAGAUGAACCCUAUCCAGGAUCCAGGUAAAGGUGAUGGGUCAAGUAAAGAAACAGGAUACUGUGAGGCAAUCUCAAAGAAACCAGAUGAGGUCCCGGUGGAUGGCACUGAUAAUUUGGGAAGAACGGUGGAGGAUGGAGAAGAUAAUAAAUUGCUUUAUGCCAUACUGGAUGAAAACAAACUGAAUGAUAAAAGUCGAGCUCAGCCAAAGCACACUGAGGAGGUUGUCUAUGCGGACGUGGUCAAUACAGCCCAUAAAUAGGGUUUUAUUAAAGCCCAACUGAAAUUUCAGUUCAAAUCCACUAAAUGGAUUCCAGGUGCAACCAAAACUGUGCAAAGUCCGCCCCCCACCACCACCAAAGGCAGCAUAGGGUGUGUACUGUUCAUAUGCUGCAGCGGAGAUGCUUUGCAUGGUGCCUUGGCAAAGACUAUCCUCGCUGUUGUGUUCAGCCGACAGUACCACAAGAACAAGACCCAUUCAUCCAACAAGGCGCCCCAAGACUUCCCCCAUUCAACCAAAUGGGGCGCCCCGCAACCACAAGGCAUGCCCAUUCAUCUGAAUAGGCUGCUCACAACAAGACCAUUCAAAUGAUGGGGGGGGCGCGUUAAACUGAAUGGGGCAACUGGCAACCCCAAUGCAGUCAAUUCAACUGAAUGGGGGUGCAGGGUUUUAGGGGUUAAAACAGAAGGUGAAUGCCUCUUCAUUGCCUAUACAAUGCCCUCUUAAGAGUGAUCCGAACAUGCAAUAUUCUUUACUUUUUGCUAUAAUAAAUAUCCCCAAAA